GUCUGAGUGACAAGUUCCAUCACGAAGCUGGUCUGAGCAGUGCGACAUCCAAGGCCGUUCUGUACCCCGUACCUUGAUAGCAGGGGCGCCAUUUGCUCUUGUUGCAUUACGCAUUUCGCACCAUGUCCUCAGAAACGUCGUCGUUUCUCAUCAUUGGUGCAGGCGUCUUUGGAGUGUCCACGGCUUACCAUUUAAUCAAAAAGUAUCCCAGUGCCUCGGUCACACUCGUGGACCGGGACGCAUUCGACGCGGAAAGCCGUGUCGCCGCAUCGUGGGACUGGAACAAGUGUAUUCGUGCAGACUAUGAGGACAUCGUGUACUGCCAGCUAGCGCUGGAGGCACAAGAUGUUUUCACGUCCGAUCCGCUCUGGAUGCCCUACUUUCAUGAGACGGGGAUAUACUGGAUUUGCCGCGGCGACUACGCCAAAGAUGUCAUCAACAACUUCAAAAAGCUUGGAAGAAAGGUCGACAUUUCCGCAUUCCCUAUUUCUGAGGCCCGAAAGAUGUACGACGGUCUCUUCGACGAUGCAGAUUACUCAGGCGCUACAGAGGUUCUCAUCAACAAAACCAGUGGCUGGGCAGCUGCAGGAGACUGCUUACGCGCCGUAACGCGCAAGGCGAUCGAGCUUGGCGUUCAGUAUGUCACAGCCGAGGCCUCGGGCCUUCAGUUGGACAAGGACGGCCGCUGUUGCGGCAUCAAGACAACGACAGGAACGGCAUUGAACGCCUCACACGUCCUUCUCUGCACUGGCGCGUAUACGCCCAAGCUCCUGGAGUUCAGUGCUGCAAGUAGCGGACUCGCCGAUCUCCGUGCCGGAUCAAGAAUUGUUGCGGGUGGCAUCACGACGGGAAUGUGGAAAGUUGACGACAAAUCCUACGAGAAGUUCGCAUCCAUGCCCGUGGGUUUUCAGGGCUACACUGCGGACGUAGGCGGCUUUAUCGGAAGCCUGCCACCCACCAAAGAUAGAGAGAUGAAAUGGUGGGGCCAGAAGAUCUUCAAGAACACCCGAGAGGUCCUGCCGGGCAGAUUUAUUUCAGCGCCGCCUAAUGAGCGAGACUACGCGCAGUGGAAGGUGUCCGGACCGCUCAAGGAAGACAUUCGAUACGCCAGCCAUGUCUUCUACGGCAAGAAAACCGCAAACUGGACGCAAGAGAAACAUCGCAUCUGCUGGGAUGCGUUCACCUCCAACGGCGACUUUAUCAUCUCACCGCACCCUGCCGCCAAGGGACUCUACGUCGCCACGUGUGGCUCCUUUCACGGCUACAAAUUCUUCCCCGUGCUCGGCAAGUAUAUCAUACAGAUGUUGGAGGGAACGCUGGCCCCUGAGCUCGCGGGCAGGUGGGCGUGGGACCGAGAGCGACCAGAUCCUUCCCUGAAUCCCGAAUAUCCGCGGGUAGAGAUGAAAGACUUGUUAGACGUAUCUGCGAAACUCUAGAUGCGAGUAGAUGAAGGCUUUGAUAAGAACUUCCUCGGUAGGCU